GGUGGGCGUCAUGUUUUCUUGCUUCGCUGUAUCGAGUAGACAUACAUGUGAUAAUAUUAUUUAGUCUUCAUCUGUUUCCGUUAUUGCAUUUUCUCAAGAUUUAGAUUUCCAUGUUAAGGAAAUGUACAAUAGGCACACUUUCUUGGUAUGUUUAGACAUCUGUGUACUUUGUGUUAUAUUGUUAUCGAAGAGAUCUUGCGGGUCCGAUUAUCGGUAUGAAGCAUGCGUGCCGAGGAAUUGCGGCAAUGGUCCGAACAUUAGCUUUCCGUUCUCUAUUCCAGGCCUGCAAGAACCUUAUUGUGGAUACCCUGGAUUUACGCUAAACUGUAGCCAACAAGGGUUUCCAGUACUUCAGUUGCCUGAAAAUGAAUAUGUCGUCCAAGAUAUUUCCUAUCAGACACGAACUCUCCGCGUAUAUGACGCAGCUGUUUGGAAUUCAUACGCUACUGGUUGUUUUCCAGGAAUCAGAAACACGACUCUCCCGACAAGCACGUUCGGUUUCUCCGGUAACGUGACACGGCUCCGUUUGUUCUCCAACUGCACUAAUUCGUCGCCCGAGAAUCUUUGGAGGCACAGAGUUGGCUGUGAUGGGAAUGGUAGAGAUAGAUGGGAUUUGGCGAUAUAUGAUAAGGAUGAGAAUUUUACAAAUAUUGCAUUGAAAAACUGCGAGAGAAACGUGGUUGCACCGGUAGAAGAUGAUGGAAACAGCGGCCCAGGAAAUGUUGAUGAAGUCUUGAGAAGGGGGUUUGUCUUGAACUGGACAGCAAGUGACUGCAGCAAAUGCGAAAAAAGUGGUGGGCGGUGCGGCUUCAAUGCGACUAUUUACCAUUUUAGAUGCUUCUGCCCCGGCAGGCCUCAUUCUAGGAGAUGCAGACCUGAAAAAAGAAAUGAGUCGGUGCUGAUAUUAGCCACAGCUAUAUCUGGAGGUGGAGCCGUCCUUCUUCUGUGCUUAUUGAUCUCGUUUGUACUCUGGCAUUGUAAGAAGAGGAUCAAGAAAGUUCACUUCCUUUCAAGAAACACAUCCUCUGAUCCCUCCUCAAAAUCGGACAUUGAAACCGGGAGAAGCUACUUUGGCAUCCCUAUUUUCUCUUACACAGAGCUUGAAGUGGCCACCGGUAACUUUGAUGCUUCUAAAGAACUUGGAGAUGGAGGCUUUGGAGCUGUGUACCAUGGAAAGCUCCAGGAUGGAAGAGAAGUAGCAAUAAAGCGCCUGUACGAGCACAACUACCGCAGAGUGGAGCAAUUCAUGAAUGAAAUCAAGAUCCUUACAUGUUUGAGGCACAAGAAUCUUGUUUCGUUGUACGGUUGCACGUCCAGGAGAAGCAAGGAACUUCUGCUUGUUUAUGAAUACAUUCCAAAUGGCACAGUGGCCGAUCAUCUGCACGGUGAGAAAGCCCAAAAAGCACCUCUGUCUUGGCCCGUCCGCAUGAACAUUGCCAUAGAAACUGCAUCAGCAUUGGCUUACCUCCACAAAUCGGACAUAAUCCACCGUGAUGUCAAGACAGACAACAUAUUACUCGACAACAACUUCUGUGUCAAAGUUGCUGAUUUCGGGCUCUCAAGACUCUGUCCUAAUAACGUCACACACGUCUCAACUGCCCCUCAGGGUACUCCUGGAUACGUCGAUCCUGAAUAUCACCAGUGCUACCAGCUCACUGAUAAGAGCGACGUAUACAGCUUCGGUGUUGUUCUAGUUGAGCUGCUUUCCUCUAUGCCUGCUGUGGAUAUAAGCAGGAGCAGGGACGAAAUCAACUUGGCUAACUUAGCCGUGAACAGGAUUCUAAAGCAUGCUUUUGAUGAACUGUUGGACCCGUCGCUAGGAUAUGAUUAUGAUGCUGAAGUCAAAAGGAUGAGUACUUCAGUGGCUGAGUUAGCAUUCCGGUGUUUGCAACUUGAGAAGGAAAUGAGGCCUUCAAUGGAUGAGGUUUUGAGUGUUCUGGAGGAGAUUCGGAGCGGUGAGGAGUCGAAAUUUGAGGAUGUAAGAGAGGGUAGUGAUCAUAAUUGUGUGAGUGGAAAGAUGUGGUCAGAAACAGAUGAUGUUGUAUUGUUGAAGAACAUGAAUUUUGAGUCCUCACCUAAUGCUGUGACUGAUGUAUGGGUUAGUAGCUCUACCAUAACAAGUUCAGUUGGCUGAGAUUUUCUCUCUUAUAUGUUUCCUUUCAAUUUAGUUGCUUAGGUAUAAUUGGUAA